AUGCCUCGAUCGGUUCGCGCACUGCCCUACACCCUUGAACUAUUUUCCUUGGCUUGCAGAUCCAAAGGUGGAGAGACAAGGAGGAUGGUCGUGGGUCAUCAGGACCAUGUAUAGAAAAACCCUAUCCAAAGACUAGAGACUAUAUAUAGAGGUCGUGCCCCGAGUUUUGACCCUGAUAUUCCAUCUGCCAAAGGACGUUUAGAAUAUCAUCAUGGCAGGAAUAGACAUGGUGGAGAUCGACCAACAUGUGCUUGAGCCGGCAUCGAGUCCGAGCACGGGAUUGGAAGAAGAAUUGGAUGAUGACGACAUCGAGGAGAUCAGUAUCGAUGAUCUCAAGCGACGGAUGUGGAAGGACCGGAUGCGGAUGCAGAAGUUCAAGGAGAAGCAGAAUGAGGAACCAGAGUACGAGGCUUCGAGUACUAAAAAGGUGGCAUCACAGAGGAAGAAGAUGGCUCGGGCCCAAGAUUCGAUCCUUAAGUAUAUGGUCAAGAUCAUGGAAGUUUGUAAUGGACAAGGAUUUGUCUAUGGUAUCGUGCCCGAAAAAGGGAAGCCCGUGACCGGCUCUUCUGAUAGUCUGCGGCAGUGGUGGAAGGAGACGGUGCAGUUCAACCAGAAUGCGCCUAAGGCCAUCGCACAGUACAUGCCAGUCGUCGAAGCAGCCGAUGAGUCGGUCAAGCCUGGCACGACCCUAAUGCACCUCCUCCAUGACCUACAAGACACAACCUUGGGCUCACUCCUCUCUGCCCUGAUCCAACACUGUGUCCCUCCCCAGAGGAAGUUCCCCCUAGACAUGGGUGUGCCACCGCCGUGGUGGCCCAGCGGCAGUGAGGUCUGGUGGGGCCAGCAGGGCAGGGCACAAGAACUGGGCCCACCUCCUUACAGGAAGCCCCAUGACCUGAAGAAAGCUUGGAAGAUCAGUGUUUUGGCAGCUGUCAUAAAGCACAUGUCACCUGAUUUGGGCAGAAUGAGGAGGCUGGUCAAACAGUCCAAGUGCUUGCAAGACAAGAUGACCGCGAAAGAAAGUGUGACAUGGUCUAAGGUGGUCGACCAAGAAGAGCUAUUCUUUCAAAGACCUGAGAAGUACCUCAAGACCUCAUCCGAUGAAGAAGAAAAUGAAAAGAAGAGGAGCGAUGCGUUCCGACGCAAUGAGAAGAGGAAGUGCGGGUUUAGUUUCCGGGAGGAGAGCAACCUGGAAAGGAUGUCGUACCCGUGCCACAACUAUGAGUGUCCACGGAGUGAGCCGAGCGCCGUGUUCUUCGAUAAGAACUUGAGAACCAAUCACGAGAUUCUCUGUAUCUACCGUGAUACGCCUUCCGGUAAAGGUCCUGAGGUGUAUGGUAAAGGGCCGCGCAACACCGAGGUUAUGGUGGGCAGUGAGAUUGUGGAUAGCAACCGCGGUACAGUGAACCUGCAUGACUGGACGGAGUUAGUGCACCCGGGUGAGGUGAGGGAGAGGCCCUAUGGCGGCGAUAGAGUGGAAGAAUACAUGAACUAUUGGAAGGGUAGUAUCGAAGAUAUGGUGAUGGGUACAGAUGCGUUUGCCACACAAAGGGAGUGUGUGGACUUGAACUCGGAUCCGUGUGACGAGCACGUAAGCCUUUACGACUACAGAGAGACUUCGAUAUGGGACCUUAAGUACGUUGAUAACAGCUCACCUUAAACUCCACUAUGCCGUCUUAAGCUUUCUUAUCGCUUUCUCAUCAGCCGAUAACAGAAGACUAUGCCGGUUCUUUAUAGAUGUAUUUGCCGGUUCUUUAUUGAUGUAUUCGGUAAGUUAUCCUAAUGUUGUGCCUGUCAAUCUAUUAAAACUCCCAGGCAAUGCUACGGGAAAAAAAAAAUCCCUAUGGUACUAUAUAGUGAAAUUUUGCGUAACCGGAGUUUAUAGAAACGAGAAUAAUGAGUUAUUUUCAA